UGUACAUAACCGUUUUAGGUGGAUCGCGGGCCCGAGGCUGUGACCGAGUUUAAUUUGCCGACUCUACCGGCACUUUGCUUUCCGCAGCAGAGUGUUUAGAGAAAACAUCGGCUUCAACCGUUUUACAAUUGGCUUUUAGGUGUACUUAUGGGCCGUGGUCAGAAGCGAUCAUGGGGAGGCGGCGGCGGUCGAGGCGGCGGUCGCGGGGGCAACUCAUGGCAACAGGACAAGCGGCCGAAGAAGGACUACCUUGGCCGUGACGAUCUCCACAACGCCGCCUUCGAGGAGUACUACAAGGCGCAGGAGAUCGUCCCCGAGGGCGAGUGGGCUGCCUUCCUGGCCACGCUGCGCCGCCCGCUGCCCGUCACCUUCCGCAUCAACGGCUCCGGCAAGUUCGCGGACCACCUGCGAGACAAGCUGAAACACGACUUCUUCGCCAAGCUGAGCGGAGAGGAGCUCACGGUUGACGGCGAGCCCGUGACGGCCCCCCGCCAGCUGCCCUGGUACCCGCACGGCUACGCCUGGCAGCUGGAGUUCAGCCGCAACCAGCUGCGCAAGCUGCCGCUGCUGGCCGCCAUCCACGACUUUGUGAAGCACGCCAACGACGCGGGCAGCAUCAGUCGGCAGGAGGCAGUGUCCAUGGUGCCGCCGCUGUUCCUGGACGUGCAGCCGCAACACAGGGUUUUGGACAUGUGCGCCGCCCCCGGCUCCAAGACCUUCCAGCUGCUGGAGGCGCUGCACGCCGGCAGCCGCCCCGGCCAGACGCCCGCGGGCCUGGUGGUGGCCAACGACGCGGACUUCAUGCGCUGCAACCUGCUGACCCACCAGACCAAGCGGGUGUGCAGCCCCUGCCUCAUGGUCACCAACCACGACGCAUCGCGCUUCCCAACGCACCUAGCGGGGGUGCCGCCACAGCAGCAACCACAGCAGCAGCAGCAGCAGCCACAGGAUGCGGGUGUGGUGGGUGCGGAGGCGGGCGCUACCGCUGCUGCCGCAGCUGCCAAGCCGCAGCGGGUGGAGGUGCGGUUCGACCGCAUCCUGGCUGACGUGCCCUGCUCGGGUGACGGCACGCUGCGCAAGAGCCCCGACAUCUGGCGGCGGUGGAACAUCAGCGGGGGCAACGGGCUGCACUCCAUGCAGCUGCGGAUUGCCAUGCAUGGGGCGAAGCUGCUGGAGGUUGGCGGCCGCAUGGUAUACAGCACCUGCACCUUCAACCCCGUGGAGGACGAGGCGGUUGUGGCGGAGCUGCUGCUGCGCUGCGGCGGCGCGCUGGAGCUGGUGGACGUGGCGGACUGCCUGCCGGAGCUGCGCCGCAUGCCGGGGAAGACCCACUGGAAGGUGCGCGACCGGAACCGCUUCUACGACAGCUGGGAGGAGGCGCGGGAGGUGGGGUUCAAGCUGGAGGCCUCCAUGUUUUCCUCCCCCGAGAAGGCGGCGCUGCCGCUGCACCGCUGCAUGCGCUUCCUGCCGCACCACGGGGACACGGGCGGGUUCUUCGUGGCGGUGUUGAGGAAGGUUGCGGAGCUGCCGG